GCCCAGAAGUCAGUCGCCUGAUGUCUCAUAAACACCGCGGCUGCUCGUCAGGAAACGGCAAAGCCACAUAGAUGGCGUCACAGCAUGCAAGUUCAAGUUGUUUUCAGGUUUAGUUAGGUGUAGGUGCAGGUAGGUACAAGGUGCAGCCAGCACCUGCACCCGUUCUCAGGCCCGGUCUCGAUGAUAUAACCCAGCUGUCAUCACCACAUGUGCCCCUAUUUCCACUUCUUUUCUCCUUGGACUGUGUCAAGAAUCACGCUGUUUUCAGCUGCUCUUGUCUUGUAUCAUCUGUCUCACUCUCCUGUCCACAAAGCCCGAGCAAUAUGACUUCGGCUGUUGCUCCGACCCGCCGCUUCUCGGAUGCCUCGAUGCAUCGCCAGCGGCGCAUGAGCCAGAUCGUCGACAAGGAAGGCCGCUUCAAGGCCAACCUCACCACCCUCUUCGUCGGAAUCUCGGCCGUAAUCGCAGGCGACAACACCGCAGCCGUUGCCCUUGCGAUCCAUGACACCGUCUACCUCGUUGACUUCUCCGUCAAACACAUUGUCCUGGACGACCCCACGAAGACCGGUCACGACCUUAUUGCCGACUAUGUCGUUUCCGCAUUAGAGGGCUAUGAGCAUGAGAAGUUCGCCAAGUUCAUUGGUGCCGGUCUGCCGACGACUGUCGAUACCAUGAGCCCUUCCCUCUGCUCCCGCCUCUGGUUAGAGCUCGAUGUCGUACCUAUUGUGCUACGACCUGAGGUGGAUGGUACUGGCAAGGACAUGAGCUUCUGGGGUAUCAAGCGAGUGGAUGAGCAGGCUGAUAGUAUGGCUAGAAAAUGCAUCAUGCAUUUUGGACCAUCUCUGGUGCCGCUCCUUCAGGUCGGCUUCCGUGGCGUUGUCCAGACCGAUGCCGCGUUCCGUGCCCACCUCACGACGGUCCAGAACCACAAGGACACAUGCACAUCACCAACUUGGGAAUCCACGGUCAAGUAUGUCGACCAGCUUCGCAGCAAGAAGACCAAGAUCGCCUUCUUCAGCAGCACACCGCAAGGCGGCGGUGUUGCCCUCAUGCGUCAUGCGCUCGUCCGCUUCGCUCGGCUCAUGGAUGUUGACUUGACGUGGUAUGUGCCAAAGCCUCGACCUGGAGUCUUCCGUACCACCAAGAAUAUGCACAACAUCCUUCAGGGUGUCAGUCACCCAGACCAGCGCAUAUCAGACGAGGAGAAAGCCAGUAUCAUCGACUGGAUCACGGACAAUGCUCAACGUUAUUGGUUCUCGGACGGCGGCCCCCUCUGCAGCCGAGGCGAGGGCGGAGCUGAUGUCGUUGUGAUUGAUGACCCACAGAUGCCUGGACUGAUCCCCCUCAUCAAGAAGCGGACCCCAGACCGGCCUGUUUUGUACCGAUCUCACAUCCAGAUAAGAGCGGAUCUGGUCGCCAAGGAGGGCAGCCCCCAAGCCGACACGUGGGAAUUUCUCUGGGGAAACAUCAAGCAUGCGGACAUGUUUAUCAGUCACCCGAUCCCUUCCUUCGUCCCUCACAACGUCCCGAAGGAGAAAGUUGCGUACCUGCCGGCCACUACCGACUGGCUUGAUGGCCUCAACAAGCCGCUCAACCGGUGGGACUCGGGCUACUAUGGCCAUAUCUAUAACACCUCCUGCCAUGCGCAGCGCAUGACGGAGCUACACUAUCCUGCACGCAAGUACAUAGCGCAGGUGGCACGCUUUGACCCUGCCAAGGGCAUCCCCACUGUGAUCGAUUCUUAUGCCGAGUUCCGUCGCCUUCUGGACCAACGCGGAAUCACCGACACCCCACAGCUCGUGGUCUGCGGCAAUGGAUCCGUUGAUGAUCCCGACGGAAGUAUGAUCUAUGACCAGACGAUGCUCCAGAUAGAGCAGACUUACCCCCAUCUUGUCGGAGACAUUAGUGUCAUGACCCUCGACCCAAACGACCAGUUACUCAAUACCAUCAUCUCCAACGCGCAUGUCAUCCUUCAGCUGUCAACCCGUGAGGGGUUUGAGGUCAAGGUUUCGGAGGCGCUGCACGCGGGACGUCCCGUGAUCGUCACCAAGUCCGGCGGCAUACCGCUGCAGGUGAAGCCCGACGUUAACGGGUUCCUGGUCGAGCCGGGAGACUGGGCCGCCGUGGCCAAGCACCUGGUCGACCUAUUCACGGACGACGAGCUGCACAAGAAGAUGAGCCACGAGGCACGAACCGGUGUGUCGGACGAGGUUGGCACGGUUGGCAACGCGCUUUCUUGGUUCUACCUGGCCGCCAAGUGGGCCGAGGUUGGUGUCAAGAGGGGCGGUGGGCAGGGGGGCCUGGAUGGGAACGAGAAAUGGGUGAACGACAUGGCUCGGGAAGAGGCCGGAUACCCUUACGGACCGGGUGAAAAUCGACUGCCUCGGGCGUUUACGGCGAAGAAGGAGUAAGGAUGAUGACGUUUAGAAACACUCAAUGGGAUGGGUUCUGGACUUGCUUGUGGGGUAACACUCUGCUCGUUCAUUUGCCUUAUUACUGUGUAGAUGGGAUUUCUUGUUGCGUCGACUUCCAAAACUCGCGGCGGUGCCGCAAGUACAUAAGAAUCGACCGAGUCCUCGGAAAAACUGACCUUUUUUGGAGAAUCAAAAGGGCCACAGAGCAGGGCCAAGCUGUCAGUUGACUGUACCAGGCACGGCGUGGUCUUUACGUGCCACCCGCGAUGUAACGAUGCAUGUUCGAUUCUGCUUAGUGUCCCGCGCGCUGGUGAGGCGGCGCCCGCCUAAUAUUACCAUGUUUGCG